GGCGGCCCAGCCAUGUCCUACCCGCAGGGCUACCUCUACCAGCCGCCGGGCUCGCUGGCGCUCUACUCGUGCCCGGCCUACGGGGCGUCGGCGCUGGCGGCCCCUCGCAGCGAGGAACUGGCGCGCUCCUCCUCCGGCUCGGCCUUCAGCCCCUACCCGGGAUCGGCGGCCUUCAGCGCCCAGGCGGCGGCCCCCGGCUUCGCCAGCCCGCUCCACUACUCCACCGACCCCGCCGCAGCCGCCUUCCCCUCCUACAUGAGCUCGCCCUACGACGCCCACACGACGGGCAUGAGCGGGGCCAUCAGCUACCACCCCUACGGCAGCCCGGCCUACCCCUACCAGCUCAACGACCCGGCCUACCGCAAGAACGCCACGCGCGACGCCACCGCCACGCUGAAGGCCUGGCUGCAGGAGCACCGCAAGAACCCCUACCCCACCAAGGGCGAGAAGAUCAUGCUGGCCAUCAUCACCAAGAUGACCCUCACGCAGGUCUCCACCUGGUUCGCCAACGCCCGGCGGCGCCUCAAGAAGGAGAACAAGAUGACGUGGGCGCCGCGCAACAAGAGCGAGGACGAGGAGGACGACGUGGACGCCGACGGCGGCGGGGGCGGCCUGCGGGCCAAAGAGGCCGCCUCGGACAAAGGGCGCGACAGCAAUGAGGCGUCGGCCGAGGACGAAGGGAUCAGCCUGCAGGUGGACUCGCUCACCGACCACUCCUGCUCGGCGGAAUCGGACGGCGAGAAGGCGCCCUGCAGCAGGCCCGGCGGGGACCCGCUUGGCGAGUCGGGCUCGGGGGGAAAGGACAAAUAUGCCGAGAUGGAGGACGACGACGACGACGACGACGGAGAGGAGGAGGACGACGACGAGGAGGAGGAAGACGGAGAGGAGGCGAGCCGCGGCCUGCGGCCCAAGCCGGUCACCUCGUCGCCCCUCACCGGCGUGGAAGCGCCGCUCCUGGGGCAGCAGUCGGGCGAGGACGCCUCUCGGAACGCCGCCAAAGCGCUCUUGCCCGCCGCCUCCUCGCACUCCACGCCCGCCAGCAAGCCCAAGCUCUGGUCGCUGGCCGAGAUCGCCACCUCGGACCUUAAGCACUCGCAGCCGCCGCCGCCGCCCGGCCUGGGGCCCGCCUGCCCGCCCGCCGCCCCCCACAGCGCUGCCCCCGCCGCCUACCCGGCCUCCUCGCUCCUGGGCCGGCACAUUUACUACACCUCGCCUUUUUAUAGCAACUACACCAACUACGGGAACUUCAGCGCCCUGCAGGGCCAGAGCCUCCUGCGCUACAACUCGGCCGCCGUGGCUUCGGGCGAGGGACUGGGCCAGGCCGUCUUAAGCGGCAGCGGGACCGCGGCGCACAAGCAGGGGGCGGAGAACGCGCUGAAAAGCCUCGCCGGCCACCUGGAGCAGCAGCGCUACAAGCCCGCCAGCCCCGACGCCAAGAAAGGUAGGCAGAAGGAGCUCCGUCUUCCGGGGGAGGGGGCGGUUUUGGCAAGGCGAGGGCCAGCCGGGCCCAGGGAGCGCAAGAACCGCGAGCCCUUAGUGGGAAGGGACGGUGCCCGGGGACGCCGCCUCUCGGCCCCUUUCUCGCUCUUCUGGAAAAGUCAGGCCAAGCGUCUUCUUUAG